CUCACCCACAGCAGAGGCUGUUUAACCCACCCUCACUGAUAUCUAUGGUUUGCUGUUGUCCCAGACACAAUGACUAUUUUUAUACAUUUUAUUGUUCUACUAUUUUCUGGAACGACUUUUAGCCAAGAGAAAACUUAUGUCCUUACAGCACCAAAGAUCUUCCGAGCUGGGGCCUCUGAGAAAGUUGUAGUUCAAGCUUUUGGUUAUGAAGAGGAAUUUCCAGUCAAUAUUGCCCUAAAAAGCUUCCCAGAUAAGCUGGUUGUGUAUUCGUCUGGUCAAAUUUCCUUAACUCCAGCCAACAAAUUUCAAGAUGCUGUAACUUUAACAGUUCAACCAAGAGAUUUACCAAGAACAGAUAAUUCAGACAAGUAUUUGUAUUUGGAAGCUGUUUCUCCACAUUUUACGAGAUUUAAAAAAAUUCCUGUUUCCUAUGAGAAUGGGUUUCUUUUUAUUCAUACAGACAAACCAGUUUAUACUCCUGACCAAUCAGUGAAGGUCAGAGUUUACUCUCUGAAUGAAGAACUGCAGCCAGCUCGGAGAGAAACUGUCCUAACUUUUGUGGAUCCUGAAGAAGUAGAAGUGGAUAUUUUGGAAGAAAAAGAUUUUACUGGAAUCGUUUCUUUUCCCGACUUCAAGAUUCCUCCUAAUCCUAAGUAUGGAAUUUGGAAGAUUAAAGCCAAGUACAAGAAGGAUUUUGUGACCUCAGCUGUGGCAAAAUUUGAAGUUAAGGAAUAUGCAAUGCCAAGCUUUUCCAUCAUCAUCGAGCCAGAGAGUAACUUCAUUAGUUCUGAUAAAUUUGAGAACUUCAGGAUUGUUGUGAAAGCUAGCUAUUUUUCCAACAAAAAGCUUCCCAGUGCUGAUGUUUUUCUUCGUUUUGGAAUAAUUGAAGAAAGUGAGAAAAGAAUGAUGCCUCAGGCAAUGCAUGUAACGAGGAUUGAAAAUGGAGUUGCUGAAAUCAGUUUUAACAGUAAGAGAGCAGCAAGUUCCAUAGGUUUUGACAGUCUGGAAGCACUGGAUGGGUCAUAUUUAUAUAUUGUGGCAUCAGUGUUGGAGUCUAUGGGUGGCCUCAGUGGAGAGGUAGAGUUCGCUGGAGUCAGGUUUGCUGUCUCUCCUUACAAGCUGAGUUUGAUUGCCACCCCUCUCUUUGUGAAGCCUGGACUUCCCUUCUUCAUUAAGGUGCAGGUGAAAGACACCAUGGAUGACUUUGUUGGAAAUGUCCCUGUAACUGUCACUGCAAAAUCCUUUAGUGAGCAAAUGGAUGAGACUCACUUGAUAUCAGAGGGUUCAGAAUCUGGGAGAAGAAAAACAAGCAUCAGUGAUGGAACUGCUUUGUUUGUUGUUAAUAUCCCAUCAAACAGUAAAAUGAUGGAGUUUCAAGUAAAAACUGCAGAUCCACGUCUUUCAGAUGAAAACCAAGCGAGUAAAACCUAUGAAGCAAAAGCUUAUUCAUCCCUGAGUCAGAGUUAUCUCUAUAUUGACUGGGCUUCAAACCACAAAACCCUGGAAGUGGGGGAUGUAAUAAAUAUUAAUUUAUAUCCACAAAGUCACUACAUUGAUAAAAUACAUCACUACAGCUAUUUGAUCACAUCAAAAGGGAAGACAGUGAGCUUUGGAACUCAGGAGAGAAUUAAGGAUUUGGAAUAUGAACAUCUAACUUUUCAGAUAACCCAAGAAAUGGUUCCUUCAGCACGUCUCAUUGUUUAUUACAUAGUCAUGGGAGAAGGUGCUGCAGAGUUAGUGGCUGAUUCAGUUUGGCUGAAUGUGCAACAGAAAUGUGGGAACAGCCUUGAUAUUAAGCUGCAGUCAAGCAAAGAGCCAGUGAAACCAGCAGAGGUGGUGUCACUCACCAUGAAAACCCAGUCCAGUUCCUUUGUUGCUUUGUCAUCCAUUGACAAGGCAAUAUAUGGGGUCACAGGAAGGAGGAAGAGAGCCAUGGAGAAGAUCAUGCUGCAGCUGGAGAAGGGUGACCUUGGCUGUGGGGCUGGGGGAGGACAGAACAACAUUGCUGUGUUCAGGAUGGCCGGGCUCACCUUCCUGACUAAUGCAAAUGCUGAUGACUCAGAGGAAGCAGGUGAACCUUGCAAUGAAGUGUUAAGAACAAAACGGUCUGACUUCCGUGAAAAGAUACUCAAAGAAGUGGACAAAUACCGAGAUCCAGAAGCCCGGCAGUGCUGCAUGGCUGGAGUAAAAGCUUAUCCAGUCUCUGAGACCUGCAGGGAGAGAGCUCAGAGAAUUCGGAGGAACCAAAGGUGCAUUUCUGCAUUCACAAAGUGCUGUGAAUUUGCCAACAAGCUGCGGCUGGAAGAGCCAAAUAAGCUCCUAAUAUUGGCCAGAAUGCAUUUUGAGUCCCUCUUGGAACUGGAUGAGGCUCAAGUUCGUAGCUACUUCCCUGAAAGCUGGUUAUGGGAAGUUCACCAAGUUUCUUCAAGGUCCAAGACUCUGUCUGUCACCUUACCUGAUUCCCUGACCACCUGGGAAGUACAAGGUGUUGGCAUUUCAGAUAAAGGUAUUUGUGUUGCUGCACCUUUGGAAAUCCAAGUUGUGAAGGAUAUCUUCCUGAGCAUUUAUGUUCCUUAUUCCGUGGUACGAGGGGAGCAAAUCGAGUUAAAAGGAUCUGUUUAUAACCAUAAAGCCUCUGCAAUUAAGUUCUGUGUUAAAAUAGCAGCUGGAAAUGGAGUCUGUACCUUUGGAGAUUCUGCAAGUGCUGGAUCAAGGAUGCAGAGCUGUACAUUUAAGAAUCUGGAUGCUGGUUCUUCCUCAGCAGUUACAUUCCGGAUACUCCCGCUGGAAUUGGGUCUUCACACUAUAAAUUUUACAUUGCUGACCCCCAGGAACAGUGAAAUUGUAGUUAAAACUUUGCGUGUCGUGCCAGAAGGCAUUAAGAAAGAACUCCACACAGGUUUCACUUUGGAUCCACAGGGUGUUUAUGGUUCAAUCAAGAGACGACAAGAAUUUCGAUACAAAGUCCCACUAAAUCUGGUCCCUAAAACACAAAUUGAGAGAAGUGUCAGUGUAAAAGGACAUCUUAUGGGUGAAGUGAUUGCCACAGUCCUGAGCCCCAGGGGCCUGCAGAUGCUGACCAGCCUGCCCAGGGGCAGUGCAGAGGCCGAGCUCAUGAGCACUGCCCCCGUAUUUUACGUGUUCCGCUACCUGGAGGAGUCGGAUAAUUGGCAUUUACUGGGCCCUGAGACCCUGAGGUCCAGGACUCAGAUGAGGAGGAAGAUGAAAGAAGGAAUUGUGAGCAUCUUGUCGUUCAGGAACGCUGACUGCUCCUACAGCAUGUGGAAGAACAGGCAAGCUAGCACCUGGUUGACAGCUUUUGCUUUAAGGAUUCUUGGACAAGUGAGCCAAUACAUUGAUCUUGAUCAAAAGUCUGUUUGUGAUUCCCUUCUGUGGCUGAUUGACAACUGUCAGAUGCCAGAUGGGUCAUUCAAUGAGUUUUCAAACUAUCAACCAGUGAAACUACAGGGUACUUUACCUCGAGAAGCUAAAGAAAAAUCUCUGUAUCUCACAGCAUUUUCUGUUAUUGGAAUUGACAAGUCAAUGAAAAUAUGUCCUACUCAGAAAAUCCACGAUGCCAGGAGCAGAGCAGGGGAUUAUUUGGUGCAGAACGUGCAGCUGGCCCAGAGCCCCUUCACCAUGGCCAUCGCUGCCUAUGCCCUGGCCCUGCUGGACCCCAACCACCGAGCGGCACGGGAGGCCUUCUCUGCCCUGAAGAAAGAGGCUUUUGUCACAGGUGACCCUCCCAUCUACAGGUUUUGGAAGGAUGCUUUCAAAGCACAAGACCAGCCAACCCCCAGCGCCGUCACUGCACAAAUGGUUGAAACCACAGCCUAUGCCUUGCUCACUACAUUGCUGAGAGGGGAUGAAAACUAUGCCAAGCCCAUCAUCAAAUGGCUCUCUGAAGAACAGAGACAUGGGGGAGGAUUUUAUUCAACUCAGGACACUAUUAAUGCCCUUGAGGCCUUGACUGAAUAUUCCCUUCUUGUCAAACGGCUGAAUCUGGACAUGGAUGUUAAAGUUUCCUACAAAAAUGGUGGACCCCUAAACUUAUUUAAACUGACAGAAGACAAUUUUGUGGGAAGAACUAUGACAGCACCUUUGCAAGAUGAUCUGUAUGUAAGCACUGGCAGCAGCACUGGCAUAGCUACAGUAAAUGUGAGGACAGUGUAUAACACCAUUGGUACUUCUGAAGAGUCAUGUAACUUUGAACUGAAGAUUGUUCCAAAGAGAGAUGAUGGUCGCAUAAAAGGAGAGGGGGAACCCCUGGGGCGCCUGGAGGCUUGUGCAAAGUACAGGCCCAGUGCGAGGGAGCCCCGGUCGGGGUCUGCUCAUGCUGUGAUGGACAUAGGGCUGGUCAGUGGAGUGGAAGCCAACCCAGAGGAUUUAUCUACUCUUGCGAGUGGAGUUGAUCAGCUGAUAGAGGAUUAUGAGAUAAAAGAUGGGCAUGUUCUCCUGCAGAUAGACUCUGUGCCAGCUCACAAGUUCCUGUGUGUUGGCUUCAGGAUCAGUGAGAUUUUCCGGGUUGGAAUGCUGAACCCUGCCACCUUCACUGUGUAUGAAUAUCAUGCACCAGAUAAAAGAUGCACCAUGCUUUAUAACCCCUAUGGAAAUGAAAAGCUGGUGAGAUUGUGUGAAGGAGAUGAAUGCAAAUGCAUGGAAGCUGAGUGUGGUAAAGUCCAGGAGAGACUCGACUGGUCGAUAACUGCUGAGAGCAGGAGGGAGGCUGCCUGCCAGAGGGACACUGCUUAUGUUUAUAAAGUGAACAUCUUAUCUCGCAGUGAGGAAGGGUUUUUUGUGAAGUAUUCUGCAAGUCUUCUGGACCUCUACAAGAGGGGGCAGGCUUUUGCUCAAAAAAAUAAUGAAAUAACCUUUGUUAAAAAGAAGACCUGCACAGAUGUUGAAUUGAGCCCAGGAGAGCAGUAUUUGAUCAUGGGAAAAGAAGCCUUGAAGAUAAGCAUUGGUUACAGUUUCAAAUUCCAGUACCCUUUGGACUCCAGCACUUGGAUUGAGUGGUGGCCUACAAAUACAGCCUGUACAUCCUGUCAGGAGUUUCUGAACACAAUGGAUGAUUUUGCUGAAGAUCUCCUCAUCAGUGGCUGUUAAUUCACUUGAACAGUUUUUAAAUUAAAAACACAGAUCAAGUCUCAUUGAAAAGAAGAAAAAUCCUUGCCUAUUUAUUAAUUCUUUUUGAGCUGAACACUCAUUAAUAGUUAUCAUGAAAAAUUAUCUUGGCAUGUUACUUUAUAGCAAUGAUAUUACAGCAAUGUUCAAAUAUGAUUUUUUUAAGCUUGGAUGAGAGAAUAACAGAGAAUAGUUCAAAGACAUUUGAAGUCAAAAGAAGUGGAUUGACUGUAAAAACAAACAUGAAAAGCACUGUCUUGUCAUUAAACCCAAGUCUUAUCAGAACAUAAAUACAUGCAGCCACUUUGUAA